AGUCUGUUGCAACAGCACCAAGCGGACGUGAAUGCGCGUGACAAGAUGAACGGUGAAACGGCGUUGCAUCAUGCUUGCGAGAAGGGUUACGAUGACAUCAUCCGGAUAUUGUUGGAUCAUGGUGCGGAUCUUUCUUUGGAGGAUGUUUACAGGAAGACUCCGAUGCACUAU